UAAUGCUUCUGGCUCGCAGCGAGGUCCACUUCCUUGUAUAUAAAGUGGGGAGGGGAGGCUCAUUUUCGAGGGGGGGGAAAAAUCUCCCGCAGGAAUCCGGAACGCCAGAGAGGCAUUUUGCCAUCGACUGUAGGUUUCCCUUCACGGAUCGUCUUCUUGUCUCGGUUGGAAAGAUUCCGGCUUGUCCAUUGCCCACACAAAGCCGAUGGCUGACGGAGAGGUGCCCCGGACGGGAUUCAGCCUGCAGUUGCAAGCCGCUUUGGAGAAGUGGAUGCAGCCAGGAUUCAAAAGGCAGGAUCUGGGCCGAGCGGCUUCCAAAUCGGGCGAGGAGGUAGGAGGAGACCGGAAGAGCUGCAGAGGGCUCGAGGGAACGGAGCAACUGGUAAAACAGGAGCCGGACCUGCUGUCUCAGCAGUGGGAAGCCCAGUGGCAGGAAUUUUUGAAGAUGUCUGAAUCCCAGCAGCCCUGGGGGCUUGUGUCCCUGGUCCAGGAGGAGCCCUCCCCCUGGGAUGACGCCAAGGCCUUCCUGGCUUCCUUCGAACAGGUGGCCGAGGCCUGCCAGUGGCCCAGGGAGGAGUGGGCAUCCCGGCUGCUGCCCGCCCUCCGAGGAGAAGCCGAGCGAGCGUAUUGCAAUCUGGGAAGCUCCGAGCGAGAGGAUUAUGGUAAAGUGAAGGCGGCCAUUUUGCACAGGGACGCCCUGGGCCGCGAGAAGCUGCGCCAGCACUUCCGCCGCUUCUGCUACCAGGAGGCCGAGGGGCCGCGAGGGGCAUAUAGCCGGCUGCAGGCGCUUUGCCACCAAUGGCUGAAGGUGGAGCAUCACUCCAAGGAGCAGAUCCUGGAGUUGUUGAUCCUGGAGCAAUUCUUGGCCAUCUUGCCGCCCGAGAUCCAGAGCUGGGUCCGUGGAAACAGCCCCGAGACUUGCAUUCAGGCGGUGUCCCUGGCUGAGGACUUUCUGCAAAUGCAAGAGGAAGGGCAUCAACAUCAGGAGCAGGAGGUGCUCAAGGAAGUGAGGGAUGCUGCAGAGGAUUGUGGGAAGGGACCACUGUUCAGGGAGGCUAAUCAUGAGGGGAACUCUGGAGAUGCCGGUGAAGGGAGUAGAGGCGUUGACAAAAUGGAGAAAUAUGGGCUGGAGAAUUCUGAGCCUGAAACAUCGCACGAGAUGCUCGGCGGGAGAACGGAAGAGCAGGUGGCUCCGUUCGGGGAGCAGGAAAACCUUCCCCAAAGCCAAGACAGACUAAUUUGGCCGCAGAAAUUCCUUCCCAAGGAGAUGGGCGAUAGUGCCGUUCCUUGUCGAGGAAGUUACAGGGAGCUCAGCCAGUCCAAAAUGCCCAUGGUUAAGAAGUACGGCGCCUCCAGCAUCAUCGCAAGGAGUUUCUACCAUAAAUCAAACUUCACUAAACAAAAAAAAAUCCACCCGGGAGAAAAAACGUACAGCUGUUUGAAUUGCGGGCGGAGAUUCAGUCGUAGGUCGAAUCUUAAACGCCAUGAGGGCAUCCAUACGGGGGAGAGACCCCACGAGUGCUUGGAAUGUGGGAAGAAGUUCACUCGGAAGUCUUACCUCCUUAAACACAGCACCGUUCACAUGUACGGAGGAGCGACAUAGCAGUUGGCGAAAAAAGACGGGUGGAUAAAAAAUCGGUACUUGUGGGGAAACGAGUCGAAAAGGGGGAUUUGGUUCUCCUUCAGAUCUUUAUGGUUCUCAGGGAGCAUCUGUUUGCCGGCUACGUUGGGAAUCCCGGGAAAUGCUAAGACCUUGAGGAAAAUGUUAAUCUAGGAUACACAAUAUGGAGGAUUCCUCCAGAGCUUCAUAAUUUUUUGGGGGGGGUGUGGGGAGCUCAUAAUGCACGAGAAGGAGGGAGAGAUUACAAUAAUCUUGAUUAGAUGCCAGCCUGUUUCCACCUCACUCCUUGAGUUACAGGAUGCCGUAACUCGGUUCCAAGACAAUGAUUAUUUGGGAUAUUGUUAUUUGGGCUAUUUCGUCUGUGAAAACGAGUGAAGACGCAUAUGCCGAAGCUUAAAUCGGAAUGCCUAUUUGGAAGGCUGAAAUGUUUCUAUAUAACAACACAGAAGAUCUUAAAUAUAAUUAUGAGACAGUAUACACUUUGAAUUCCAUCCAGCACAUAAUUCCACGAGGAACAGCUGCCAGACGGAGAGGAGGGAAGCUGUUCCGUGGAGAAUUAGAAACACUCCAGCAUCAAAUCUGAGUGAUCCAAAUUCACUCGUAUUAAUCUGAGCAGAUUGGUUACUUCCAAGAUGAUAUAGGGCAGGGGUGUCAAAACUGGCGGCCCGUGGGCUGGGUGCGUCAUGCCCAGGCCACGCCCACUCUGGCUCCGCAAAGGCAAAAACUGUCGCGAUACGCCACGUGACGCGAUUGAGUUUGAGACCCAUGAUAUAGGGGGACUCCCCUCCUGCCCCCCCCAUAGCCAUUUUACCUUUACAGUUUUUCCUUGGUGGUUUGGUCUAUUUCAAUAUUUCUGAACCUUGGCAACUUUUAAGAUGUGUAGACUUCCACUCCCAGAAUCCUGGGAGUAGAAGUCCACAUAUCUUAAAGCUGCCAACAUUCAGAGCUUUCGGUUUAUUUGAUUCAAUGGAUAUGUUCACCUUCUUUUCCCCAAGUGAGUGGUUUAUAGUGUUAAAAAACACAAUAUUAUGCAAAAAAAAAAAAAAAUCCAGGACAGGAAAACACGACAGAAGAAAACUCAUUGAAACUUCUGUGGCGCAGGUAGUAUUAUUAAUGCAUCCGAACAGUUCAAGAGCCGUUUGGCUCAAUAUGUGAGGGAAGAACCAAGUUUUUGGUGUCCUUCUAAAGCAGUGUUUCUCAACCUUGAAAGCUUGAAGAUGGGUGGACUUCAACUCCAGCUGGCUGGGGGAUUCUGGGAGUUGAAGUCCACCUAUAUUCACGCUCCCAAGGUUGAGAAACGCUGUUCUAAAGGCUGGCAGAGCUGGGAUCAUGUGGUACUCAAAACAAAGAUGCUGAUUUGGGGAAAUGCUCCUUCGCAGAAGAGCCUCCUUGAAGAAGAAAAUCCAACUAGAACUUUUGAGGAAUAGUUGUUCUUCAUCCUUUUAUGUUUGGAGAUCUCCUUAUUUGGAGAUGCUGGACCAAGUCAUGAUCUGUCCAACUUUUAAUUCUCAAUCCAUCACCUCUGCCCACUUUCUACUAUUCCUGCCAGCCCAUUUAGAGCCAGUGUUUAUCACCUUUGCUUCUUUUAAGAUGGGUGGACUUCAACUCCCAGAAUUCCCCGGCCGGUGUGAUUGACUGGGGAAUCCUGGGAAUAGAAGUCCACGCAUUUUAAAGUGGCUAAUCUUGAGAAACACUGGUUUAGAGAAAAAAGAUCCCAGCUGGCCUCUGCUUUUAUGCAUCUCUCUGUUCAGAACCUCCUAGAUGUAAUCCAUGUUUCUCUCUCUCUUAUUUUUUUUCCUCAUGCACACAUAUUAAAAUAAAAGCUUGCAGUCUAAUUGCAGUCUGUUUUGAGUAAUUAUCGCCCCUCUUUAGAGAAGUUAUUCCCCUUUUCUUUGCUGGAAAUAAAUCUGGACAGGCAGUACACCACCUGAUAAUUUUUUUUUUGUUCCUGGUGUGGGUUCAUGUAAGGGUGUGAAGACGAGGGUGCACAAUUACCAGAACGAAGUCAAAAACCAGGGAAUUCUUGAGCUUUGUCUUCUGCUCCCAAAGCUACUGCAGGCCCCUUGCAAAGAAGUCUUGAAUGUAAAGAUGCCUUUCAUGGGAUUGGGAUGAAUAAAGUUCUCUAAAC